AUGCCUGGAAAACCCAAACUUCAUUACUUUGAUGGCAGAGGUAGAAUGGAAUCGAUUCGUUGGCUACUUACAGCAGCUGGAAUUGAGUUUGAUGAAGUUUUUUUAGAAACAAGAGAACAGUAUGAAGCCCUACUCAAAGAAAGAGCAUUACUUUUUGAUCAAGUGCCAAUGGUGGAAAUGGAUGGAAUGAAGCUUGUGCAAUCAAGAGCCAUAAUGCAGUAUAUUGCUGCAAAAUAUGACCUGUAUGGGAAGAAUCUGAAGGAAAGAUUGCUAAUUGAUAUGUAUGUUGGAGGCACUACUGAUCUUCUAGAAAUCCUCAUCCCACACGCAUUUUUUUCACCAGAGGACAAACAGAAGCACAUUACAAUUAUUGAGCAAAAGGCUAAAGAAAGAUACUUUCCUGUUUAUGAAAAGAUCUUAAAAGAUCAUGGUGGGAAAUUCCUGGUUGGAAAUCAGCUGAGCUGGGCAGAUAUACAGCUGCUGGAGGCCAUCCUAAUGGUAGAAGAAAAAUGUGCCUGUAUCCUAUCUGACUUUCCAGGACUGAAGGAGUUCAAGCAGAGAAUAAGUGAAAUACCUACAAUCAAAGCAUUUCUGCAGCCUGGUAGUAAAAGAAAACCAGUGUCAGGAGAUAAAUAUGUGGCCACAGUGAGGACAGUUCUGCAGGCCUACUACAAUGUAAAAUUAAAUUAG